AUGGUCAACUGUUCUGGCGUGGCGGGGGACGAGGUCACAGACACCGAAACUGCGGAUCCGGCGGCCUUGGUGUACGCCUUUCUUGGGCGCCUUGACUUCGAGAAGCAGUUGACAGGACAGACGCCGAGACCGUCAGAGAAAGCGGGGGCUAUGGCGGAAGGUGGUUCGGAGACUGAAACACCGUCAGCUAUAUCUCCUCUUGUGGAAGAGUCGAGCGAUUGGUCGAGAAAGGACAUGCCGGUGCCUGCGCAGCUCGUUCGGCCUCCAGGACGAAAACUCGCGCCGGAGACUCCCUUCGAACACAAAUUUCCGUGA